AUGAUAGGAUGCAAAGCUGUAAGUACUCCAUUGGCAGCUCAUUUCAAUUUGUUUGCUGAAGAUUCAUUGAAGAUAAAGAAGGAAAUAGAGCUAAUGAAUAGAGUUCCAUAUGUGAGUGCAGUGAGAAACAUUAUGUAUGUUAUGGUAUGAACUCAUCCAAAUAUUUCUCAUGUUGUUAAUGUGGCCAGCAUGUACAUGAGAAUCUUAGAAAGAUGUACUGAGAGGUUGUAAAGUAAAUUCUUUGUUAUCUAGGGGUGCUUCAGAUGUGAACUUGAUAUUUCAGAAGAGAAGUAGUAACGAUAGCCAAUUGGCUAACUAUGUGGAUUCAUAUUAUGUUGGUGAUCUGGAUAAGAGGAGAUCUUUGACAAGUUAUGUGUUUACUUUUUCAAGUCAUGCCAUUAGUUGGAAGGUUAUCCUAUAGUCUACAGUGACUCUAUCAACGACAUAAGCUGAAUAUAUGGUAGUGAUAGAAGGAGUGAAAGAAGUUUUAUGACUUUAGGAUUUGGUUGAUGACUUUGGUUUUGUAUAGAAGACGACUCCAAUGUACUAUGACAAUCAAAGUGUUAUACAUUUGACUAAGAAUCAAAUGUUUUAUGAGAAAACAAAAUAUAUUGAUGUCAAAUAUCACUUUGUUCGUAAUGUCAUUAUGCAAAAAAAGGUUGAUGUGAAGAAGGUUCAUACAACGGAGAAUCUCAUAGACAUACUUACAAAAACACUUUCCUCAAAUAAGUUAGGGCAUUGCCUAAACUUGAUUAGCUUAUGGAGCACAUGA